AUGACAGUUGAUUGCAUUAGAAAAGUAGCUACCGAGGUUCUUGGGAUAUCGAGAGGAAUCUUUAGUGGUCGUCAAGGAGAUUGGUGGUGGAAUGGAGAAGUACAAGGCAAAGUGAAAGCCAAGAAGGUUGCCUAUACGGAGUGGUUGGAGUGCAUGGAUGAGGAGGAGGAGAAUAGGCUUAAAUAUAUCUAUAGGAAAGCCAAGACAGAAGUGAAGUCGGCGGUCACCAAUGCUAAGACCACAGCUUUUGAAUGCAUGUAUGUCGAGUUAGGGAAAAAAGGUGGGGAUAAGAGAUUAUAUAGGCUCGCCAAAAUGAGAGAGAUAAAAGCACGUGAUCUGGAACUAGUAAAGUGCAUCAAGGACGAGGAAGGUGAAGUGUUAGUGGAUGAAACCUCUAUCAAGCAAAGGUAUUUUAAGGUUGAGGAGGUUAGACGUGCUAUUAGUAGGAUGAGAAGGGGAAGAGCAACUGGGCCCGAUGAGAUUCUGGUGGACUUUUGGAAAAACACUGACAAGGCAGGUUUGGAGUGGUUGAUUAAGUUGUUUAAUGGGUAUCAAACUACUAAGCCAUACUAUGAAGAUUUAGGAGAGAGUGAUAGAGAUGAGGGUGAUGAAAAGAAUGUCAAUCUCAGAGAACCAGUUUUGAUUCAUGUCGGGGCGAUCGACUACUGA